UUCUGUUUUCAGGUAGUAGAAGUAGUGCCAAUAAAAUCUGAAAGUAGCUGAGAUUUUUUUGCAAUUUUGGUUUGGUUGUAAGCCUAUAAAUAGGCAUUCUCAUUUGUGAAAUAUAUGUGUGCCUUCCUUCAAUUCUUAACUCUCAAAUUAUUUAUUUUUUCUCUGCAAGUUCUAGUAUUUUUUAAAGAUUCUGACAUGUUGAUCUCGGAAAAGAAUCACAAACCACUGUUUUCCUGGCUGGACCCAGAGGAUGAUGGCUCCUGAAUGUCUCAUGACAGGCAAGUUUAGCAAGGAAUCUGAUGUAUGUCUACGGUUUUGGAAUUGUUGCAUUGGAAAUUUGCUGUGGAAGAAGUGUCAUGGAAACUGGAAACAAAUGACACAGGACAUCAGAUCACAUUGGUGGAGUGGGUUUGGGACCUCUAUGGCGUUGGGAAGCUUCUUGAAGCAGCUAAUCCAAGACUAUCUACAGAUUUUGAUGAGCAACAGGUGGAACGAUUGAUGAUUGUUGGUCUUUGGUUUGCUUACCCGAAUUGCAAUGCUCAUCCUUCAAUGAGGCAAGCAAUUAGUGUCCUUAAUUCUGAAGCUUUAUUGCCUCUUCUUCCUAUAAAAAUGCCCGUGCCAAUGUAUUAUGCACCUCCAGCGCUGCAAACAUCCUAUAGCACUAGCGUUUAUGAGAGAAACCACGCCCAGUUUUCCAACUCCCCUAAUGGCACAACGGACUCAUCAAAAUUCUCGGAGUCUUCUUCAACCUUUUCUCAAUCCGCAUCCCUAUUGCACACACGCUGAUUAGGUUGGAAAUGACCCUAUGCUUCAAGGUUUGUUAUGCGUUUGAAAUCAUGUUCCUAUAUGGUUCGACUUCACUAUUAGAUAUCCUGUUCAGCACUGUUCUUUAUUUUGAAUUUGUUUAAUUUAAUUUUUCUUUGAAGAAUCAUA